GCCCACUGCUGCACCUCACGUCCUGGAGCCACCACGACGACAGCGUGCACCGCGCUUCAAGCCGCUCAACACGCUCCAAUCGUCUCGCACGCCGGAAUUCGCACGCUGCUCUCCACACCUUACUGGCCCGCUGGACGGCUUGCUAGACACCCCGCAUAUACACGAAAGUGGUAGUGAUAUGGUCCGCGAGCGCAGUCCCAGUCGGACAUCAUCCGGCCACUACCUAUUGCCUCAGAAGCACGAUCGACAGCCUUUGGCCAAUACAUCCGCUAAGAUGCAGUCGCCCGGACCAAAUAGACGCCCCGAUGAUGAACGGCUUGCGAAGCCUGGGAUAGACAGCCCGGAGUUUGGCAAGGCGAGUCCCCUGAGAAAUCCGCUGAAGAAAGCGGCGCCGAGUGUGUUCGUGCCCAAGAGCCGACCUGCGCCGACCCGCACAACGAAUACUGGGAAUCGCAUGCCCAGCGGUGCAGGUGGUGCUGCUGCUGCCCACCAAAGCACGUCAAGCACCAGCGAAUUUCAGCAUCGGAGCCUAUCAGGAUCCACGACCGUCCCAAUACCCACCAAUAAUCCGUUGCGAACGAUUCCUCCAGCACCACGCCCGACGUUCUCUGCUGCCGUCGCAAGCGUCAAUCCAUACCAAACAUAUGUCCCGCCACGCCAGGUGAUCGAUUUGACACGGCCACAGCCACGGGCCCCCUCCCAGCGAAUCGAAUUGUCGGAUAGUGACUCUGACUCUGACGAUCGAUUUGACCCAGAUGCACAAAUUCGAGCCAAUGCAGGACAGUUUGGCGCCCCUGAUCCAUACAUGUAUCUCGAUUCUAAUACGGCCAACGAGGAUAUGAAGAAGCUUCUGGAAGCUGCAUUCGAUGACGACAGUGAGAAGGGCAAGACGCGAUUGCGAUCGCGGGUCAAGAAGGUGGUUCAGCAGCGAAACGACAGCAGUCAGACUAAGAGCUUGGUGGACAAACUCGCUGCACUGGAUGUAAAGGACGUCAAGACUUCGGAGCAGGAGGAAGACGAGGACGAAGAGGAAGAUGGCACUGUGGACGGUCUGACGGUGAAGCUACUGCCACAUCAGGUCGAGGGCGUCUCUUGGAUGAUUGACAAAGAGAUUGGCAAGACCAAGACGAGAGGUGUACUGCCCAAGGGGGGCAUUUUGGCAGAUGACAUGGGUCUUGGUAAGACAGUGCAAUCGCUGACGCUGAUCCUAACGAACCCUCGGCCAGCGCUGGACGCGAAGCCAGAACACAAAGGGCAGAAGCUGCCCAGUAAGGAGGUCGGCCAUGCCACGUUAGUAGUGGCGCCUUUGGCUCUGAUCAAGCAGUGGGAGGGAGAGCUCAAGAGCAAGGUUCACAGGAGUCACGCCCUGAGGGUUCUGGUCCACCAUGGUCCUAGUCGCGCAAAGAACAGUGCAGAACUGAAAAAGUAUGACGUGGUGAUCACAACUUACCAGACGCUCACUUCGGAGCAUGCGGGAUCAGACAUGACGAAGGAGAAUGGAAGACGAGUGGGCUGCUUUGGCGUGCACUGGUAUCGUCUGAUGCUUGAUGAGGCGCACAGCAUCAAGAAUCGGAGUGCCAAAUCAACUCAGGCAUGCUGCGCCUUGAAUGCGUGGUAUAGAUGGUGCCUGACUGGCACCCCGAUGCAGAAUAAUCUGGACGAGCUGCAAUCACUCAUCAAGUUCCUGCGCAUCAAGCCAUACUGCGAAUUGCCAAAAUGGAAAGAAUCCAUCACUCAGCCCAUGAAGAAUGGUCGAGGCGGACUUGCGAUGCAGAGGCUCAAUGUCUUUCUCAAGGCUUUCAUGAAGCGUCGCACCAAGGACAUUCUGAAGAAAGACGGGGCACUAAAUUUUGGUGGCAAGUCGAACGAAGAGGGGGGCGCAACCAAUGGCGGCAUGCAAAUUGUGAAGCGUGAGGUUCUGACGGUGCAGUGCGACUUCGACCCUGUGGAAAAGCAGUAUUAUGACCGCUUGCAGGCUCGCGCCGAUAAGCGUUUGGAACAAAUGGAAAGGUCAGGCCAGAAUGACUACAUUGGUGCUCUCGUCCUGCUGUUGCGGUUGCGGCAGAUGUGCGACCAUCCACAGCUGAUCGAGCGGGCCAUGUACAAAGACAAGGAUGCAAUCACCACGGGAAUGCCAGCAGCUUCGAAAGCAAAAGAUGGCGGAGAUGCAAUGGACGCUCUGACGGCACUGAUGGGAGGUGUCACCGUGGAGGCAAAGAAUUGCGAUGUCUGUCAGAUUAAGCUGUCUGCUUCAGAGGCACGAGAAGGUGCUGUCCGGUGUGGCGAGUGUGAGGGCGACCUGUUGGCCUUGAAAGAAGCUCAAGAUGGCAAGAAACCGAAGCAGUCAAAUGGCAAGCGCGUGAAGAAGCCGACUAAGGCCGCGGAAGACGUCGAGCACCAGCCACGGCGGGCUCGAAACCGCAAAGUGAUCGUCGAUAGCGAUGAUGAGGACGAGCCAGGAGAGUGGAUCGGCGAAGGUCCUGAGCGAAAGAUCGAUCUCGGCUCAGAUGACGAGGACGCUGAUGGGGGCGGAGAGUCAUUGAACACACUCGACUCGGAGCGCAGUGAGGAUGAUGAUAGUGAAAUUGAGGACUCUCCGUCACGCGCUCGCAAGUUGAAGGUAGUAAAUUCGGACGAUGAAACAGAGGAGUCGAUUGCAGAUGGAGACGAAGAAGACGACGACACCGACGUGAGCAGCGAGGAAGAAGACAAUGAUUCGGACUCGGAUCAGAGUGGUGUCCUUGAAGGUAUGGGCAGCAUGGGCCGGUCGGAACAUGCGCCUUCGACCAAGAUUCGCCAGCUGCUCCGCAUUCUGCACACGGAAAGUCCCAACCACAAGACAAUUGUCUUCUCGCAAUUCACGACCAUGCUUGACCUCAUCGAACCGCAUCUCGAACACGCUGGCAUACGAUUCGUUCGCUAUGACGGAAGCAUGCGACCAGAUGCUCGUGAACAAUCGCUCAAGUCGCUUCGCAACGACAAGAGAACGCGAGUGUUGCUCUGCUCGCUCAAGUGCGGGUCACUUGGACUCAACCUGACAGUAGCGUCCCGGGUAGUGAUUGUCGAGCCAUUCUGGAAUCCUUUCGUGGAGGAGCAAGCCAUCGACCGUGUGCACCGGCUCAACCAGACUGUGGACGUCAAAGUCUUCCGGCUCACCAUCCGUGAUAGCGUGGAGGAGAGGAUCCUGGAAUUGCAGGAGAAGAAGAGGGAGCUUGCCAGUGCCGCUAUAGAAGGCGGUAAGGGCAUGGGCAACCUCAGCAUGAAGGACAUUCUGGGUUUGUUCAAGCAUGAUGCUGAGACCGACGAACAUGCAAACGACCGAGAGUAUUGGGCCAAGUUUGGCGGCGAAGAGACAUUAUUGAAUAGGCCCAACAACAGUAGCAAUAGCACCACGACAUGGGAACGAGCGGACCGGCUAGUAGCAAAGGCGCCGGUACGGAAGAGAGUGCAGGAGAGUGAAUUGUAUGGCAGGAGAUGGUGACCGGCGAAACGAUAAU